CCAGUCACUGAUGGGAAAAUAACUUUAGAAAAUAAUGAUCAACUGUGUCUAGAUUACAUUAUAAUUUCCUAAUUUAUUUAAUAAACAAAGUUCAAUCAAAAUCAAAUAUGUUAUCAAUAAAGAGGCUACCAACGCUAUCGGCGUCCAAGAUACAGUCAAAAUUACAUUUUGCCCUCCGAAGUGGAGUUCAAGAAAAGCAAAUAAAUAAACAUUGUCACAUGAAUUUAUUGAAUUUGUGUAGAUCUUUUUCAGUAUUGCAUCAUAUAUCCAGUAAAUCAAAAAAUCCUCAAUUACGGCAAUUCAACGCAGAAUAUAAAGCAGCUUGUGAAUUGCUUAAAAGGUCAAAUCUCCCAACUCUGAAUGAAGUAUUUGACCUCAAGAAGCACUGCCUGCAUACAACACCGCCGCAGUUCAAUCAACAAGAAGAAAAAGAAAAGGAUAAGAAAAAUAAAAAGAAAGAUGACUUGGACAACAACAUGCCCUCUCUGAUGAUGAAAGCACUGUUUUGGAUGAUGACUACCAUCACCUUAGUGAUAGCCAGUUCCCUACUAGUGCCCAGUGAUAAUACUCAGAAUGAGUUGGUGCGAUACGUGUCUUGGAACGAGUUUGUGUAUUCUAUGCUAUCGAAAGGCGAAGUGGAAGAGCUGAUUGUGAGGCCAGAUAUGGAAGUGGUCACUAUUAUUCUCCAUGAGGGAGCCAUUGUCAAAGGAAAGAGGGCAACUCAUCGGGUUUAUCACAUGAAUGUUGGCGACAUCCACAGAUUCGAAGAGAAGUUACGAGAGACCGAGAAGAAUUUAGGGGUCAAAGAGGGUGUUCGAGUAAUCUACGACCGUAACGGAGGCGUGGCCGGCAAGAUAAUCAGUACGCUGCUCAUUGUGGCAGUCAUCCUGUCGUUCCUGUACUCCAGCAAGUCUAUGAGGAUGAACAUCAACCUAGGUGGCAUUAACCAACUGGGCCGAGCCAAGUUUACCCUGGUGGACUCGAUGACUGGGCAAGGCAAAGGCGUGAAGUUCGACGACGUGGCCGGCCUCAAAGAGGCCAAGGUCGAGGUCAUGGAGUUUGUGGACUAUUUGAAGAGACCAGAACAUUAUAAGAGUCUUGGCGCCAAGGUCCCGAAAGGCGCCCUACUGCUGGGGCCGCCGGGGUGCGGUAAGACUCUUCUGGCCAAAGCGGUUGCCACUGAAGCUAAUGUACCGUUUCUAUCCAUGAACGGAUCGGAGUUUAUCGAGAUGAUCGGAGGGUUGGGAGCGGCGAGAGUCAGGGAUUUAUUCAAAGAGGCAGUCUCUCGUGCACCCUGUAUCAUUUACAUAGACGAAAUGGACGCUGUCGGUCGCGCGCGUUCCACCGGACCCACUUCGUUCGGCCCGGGGGGAGGGGAGGGGGAACAGACGCUCAACCAAUUGCUGGUCGAGAUGGACGGAAUGAAGAGCAGGGAGGGGGUAGUCGUUUUGGCGUCUACGAACAGAGCGGACGUGCUUGAUAAGGCUCUACUCCGCCCUGGGCGCUUCGACCGACACAUCUUGAUAGAUUUGCCGACGCUACAAGAGAGAGAAGAGAUAUUCGAACGCCACCUUAAGAACAUUGUUCUAGAAGACCUACCAAAGCACUAUGUCAAAAGAUUAGCGUACCUGACGCCCGGUUUCAGCGGUGCGGACAUCGCUAAUGUGUGCAACGAAGCCGCUUUACACGCCGCUAGGCAUAAGCAGAACAUCGUCAAAGCGGGCGACUUGGAGUACGCCGUCGAAAGAGUUGUUGGUGGCACUGAGAAGCGUAGCCACGCGAUGUCCCCCGCGGAAAAGCGGGUAGUGGCGUACCACGAGGCGGGCCACGCCUUAGUCGGCUGGCUCCUGGAACAUACCGACGCUUUGCUAAAGGUCACCAUUGUGCCUAGAACAAAUAUGGCGUUAGGAUUCGCGCAGUAUACGACCUCGGAUCAGAAGCUGUAUUCUAAGGAAGAGUUGUUCGACCGCAUGUGCAUGGCGCUUGGCGGGCGCGCGGCGGAAGCUAUCACCUUCAAUUCCAUCACCAGCGGUGCUCAGAACGAUCUGGAGAAAGUCACCAAGAUCGCAUACGCACAGGUACGUGUGUACGGCAUGUCGCCCACCGUAGGUCUCCUGUCGUUCCCGGACUUGAAGGAGCGUGGCAAGAGUCCCUUCAGCAGAACCUUGAAGAACCUUAUAGAUAUGGAGGCGAGGAAACUGAUAGCGAACGCGUAUUACCGCACGGAAGAUAUAAUUAGGAAGAACGAACAUUUGCUUGAAGCUCUCGCUGAAAAACUAUUAGCAAAGGAAACGUUAAACUUCCAAGAAGUGCACGACAUCCUUGGACCGCCCCCGUUCCCGAGAAAGAAGUUCAUUGACCCCGUUGAGUUCGAGAAUAGUCUAAAGAAUAUGGAAAGUGCAGCCUCCGUAGAGGAUUCGAACCCCGUAGGCGCCCCGUCGGCUAAACCCGACGCACAACCGGGCCUUUAACACCUCAAUUUUAGAUUUUAUAUCUCCUCAAUUUUAGGAAGAAAUGGCAUUUGAUGCCACGAAACUUAGUCGUGUACGUCUGUUUUUUUCUUGGCUUGAACCGCGUUACGUACUGAUUCUUGUUUGAUAUAGCUUCUUUUAUUAAAUUUAGCCUCCUUACUCGCAUAGUUGACAAAGUACAGUUGUAAAGUCUAACAUUUAUAAAGAAGCUAGGAAUGAAGUAUAUUAUAUUAAUGCAUGAAAUAUCAGUAUGAUUCCUUUAUAAGAUCUAUGGCUGUGAAAAUGCCCGCAUAAUUUAUAUUGUCUUUGUUUUACUACUUAUUUGUUAUGUUGUCUAUUCGAUUUUUUUCAUGGCAUAAAAAUAAAAAGAGCUCACUUAAAAUAGCCCGCAAUUUUUGCGAAUAAUUUAAUUUCAAAUGUUAUGUACGAUGCCCAGCACAUAAGUUGAACCAAAAUUUUACACUAUGGUUGCUGCGCAUAAGAUUUUUGGUAUGAAAAUGGCGCAUACCGGAAGCGUCAAAUUCUAAGGUCAACUUAUGUGCCGGGUGCUGUAUACUACACAUUUUGAUCACUCAAGUUAAGUAAGUAUUGAAAGUUUAUAUUUGUGUUUCCCUCUUAGUAAGAAACAGCGUGGUGUUGCCAUCAACAGACGUAUAAAUGUGCUACGUUACACAUAAUGCAAUAAUUGUGCGAUGAGAACAAAGUACUGGCUUAUGUAAAUGUCUUAGAUUGUUUUUUAUUAAUAAGUUUCACAGCAAUAAAGUUGACGAUCAUGUUA